AUGGAGUCCGAACUAGCAGAAAUCAAGACGCAGCUUGCUACUUUGCAGAAGCAGGUCUCUCGCGUCUCUGAUGAGGCCGAGGUCCGGAAGACCCACUUCAAGUAUGGCUACUACCUCGACAAGUGCAUGUACAACGAGGUCGUGGACAUGUUCGCGGACCAUCCCGACACCUACGUUGAGUUCCUCGGGUCUCGUUACCGCGGCAAGGCGGGCGUCAAGCGCCUUUACCAGGGGAGGUUCCAGAACGUGUUCGUCAAGGGCCGCAAUGGCCCCGUGGAGGGCUUCUUGCUGGACCACAUGAUGAUGCAGGAUGUUGUCGACGUCGACGAGACGGGCACCCACGCCUGGUGCCGCAUGCGGACCCUGAUGCAGGCGGGCACGCACCAGUCGAUCCAGGAGGAGCACCCGCGCGGGCACGCGCAGUGGUGGGAGGGCGGCCUGUACGAGAACGAGUACAUCAAGGAGAACGGCGUGUGGAAGCUGUUCCGCUACCGCUACUUCCCCUUCUGGCACGCCGAGUUCGAGCGCGGAUGGUCGCACACCAAGAAGAACUACAUCCCGUGGCCCACGACGACUUUCCCCGAGGACCCUCUUGGGCCCGACGAGCUGAUCGAGCAGAAGAUGCUCUGGCCCGACACGAGGGUCGUGCCCUUCCACUACCCCCAUCCCGUCACGGGCAAGGCCUCCAAUGCCGACGAUCUGAGGGCGCCAAGGUACGGACAGGCUGCUGACACCAGCAAUCCGCCUCUGACUCUGGCUCUGCCGGAGGGGCAGAAGAGGACAGCACAGGAAGGCGACGAGAUAUCGCCAUACUCCGAUGGCCGUCUCACAGGGGAUCGAGUCAAGUUCCCGGAGACGGAUGUAUUCCGUUCCAUGAAUCAGCCGUCCCGGUUUGAGGGCGACGUCUUCGACAUUGAGUUCACGGGGACAAUCCCAAAGGACAUCAAUGGCACCUUCUUCCGCGUCCAGCCGGACCAGCGGUUCCCGCCCAUGUUCGAGGACGACAUCCACUUCAACGGCGACGGGAGCGUGACGGCGAUCCGGAUCCAGAACGGCCAUGCCGACUUCAAGCAGCGCUACGUCCACACGGAGCGGUACAAGCUCGAGACGGCGGCGCGCAAGAGCCUGUUCGGCCGGUACCGCAACCCCUACACCGACAACGAGUCCGUCAAGGGCGUCAUCCGGACCGCCUCCAACACCAACAUCACCUUCUGGCGCGGCAUGCUGCUCGCCAGCAAGGAGGACGGCCCGCCCUACGCCAUGGACCCCGUCACACUCGAGACCAUCGGCCGCUACGACUUUGAGGGCCAGAUCCUGGCGCCCACCUUCACGGCCCACCCCAAGUUCGACCCGGACACGGGCGAGAUGCUCUGCUUCGCGUACGAGGCUGGCGGCGAUGGCAACGACUGCUCCGUCGACGUCGCCGUGUGGACCCUCAAUGCCGACGGCAUCAAGACGGAGGAGGCCUGGUAUAAGGCCCCGUUCGCGGGCAUGAUCCACGACUGCGGCGUCUCGAAGAACUACAUGGUCCUGCCCCUGACGCCGAUCAAGACGAACCUGGACAGGGUGAAGAAGGGCGGCAACAAGUUUGCCUGGGAUCCGAAGGAGGACCAGUGGUACGGCUUGGUCCCUCGCAGGGGCGGCAAGCCCGACGAUAUCAUCUGGUUCCGGGCCGAUAACGGAUUCCACGGCCACGUGGCGGGCUGCUACGAGAACGAGGACGGGCACGUGGUCGUCGACCUCACGGUCGCGGACGGCAACGUGUUCUUUUGGUUCCCGCCGGACGGCGAGGAGGCGGGCCAGUUCGCCAAGCGCAACAAGCUCAGCAGCCCGACGUGCCGCUGGGUGCUAGACCCGAAAGCCAAGACGGGCACGCGCAUCACGCCGUCGCUCGUGUGGCCGACCAACGGCGAGUUCUCGCGCAUCGACGACCGCUUCGUCACCAAGAAGUACAAGCACUUCUGGCAGGCAAAGGUCGACCCCACGCGGCCGUACGACUUUGCAAAGUGCGGUCCCCCCGCGGGCGGGCUGUUCAACUGCAUCGGCCACUACACGUGGGACCCGGACAACGAGAAGGCCACGGGCACUGAGGACGUCUACUACCACGGGCCGACGACGACGUUCCAGGAGCCGUCGUUCAUCCCGCGCCCGGGCGGCGGCGAGGGCGAGGGUUACCUCAUCGCGCUGAUGAACCAGCUCGACGUGCUCCGCAACGACAUCGUCAUCCUCGACGCCCAAAACCUCGCCGCCGGCCCGUUGGCCGUCCUGCACCUCCCGCUCAAACUGAAGCUGGGCCUGCACGGGAACUUUGUCGACCACGCUGAUAUCGAGGCGUGGCAGCGCCGCAGGUCGCCUGCCGGCGGGGACCUCGGGCCUGUGAAGCCUGCCGUGGAGCCGUUGCCGUGGCAGAAGGGCAUCCGUGUUGGGGAGGCGGCCGGUCAGAAUGGUCAGAAACUGACACCAAAGAACAACUUGAAAUCCAUGUUCCUACCUUGCAACCCGCGUUAA